AUGGAUCAGGGCGAGUGUUUCAAGGAUGACUUCCUGUUUUCAUCUGGAGCAGCUUGGAGGAUGGAGGUUCCAUUCCUGAGGAGGGGGACUCAGGGAAGGAGGGCAGCCGCGGCAGUUAUAGCUCCACAUUCAGGGGACGCUCGGUAUCCACCCAGCUCCCCGCAGGCCCGAGCACCCCAGUCACCCAGGAGGAGAGCCAACCUGCCUGGCAGCGGGGGUGAACGGCCGCAGUACGCCACUCUGUGGAGCCCGUUCUGCAGAGGUCGUCAGGAGCCCCUUCUGUGCCCACCCCCUCCCCGCCCCUUCGCCCCUGCACUCCCGCCCAUCCUUCCCGGAGACCCCAGGUCUCCCCACCUCCUCACUCACUCCAGUCCCUUUGGCUUUGAGAUUUGGGCUCCCAUCCCAUUUGAGUGCAGAUGGAGGAGCAGAGAACUGGUUUUUCGAUGGGAUUUGUGUGCAAGAGCACAGAGGCGCUAA